CCUGCCCCCUCCAUCUCCUCCCCAACAUCUCCUCCCCUCACAUUUCUACUGUCACAGCUCCCUCCUCCCCCACCUCCUACCCCCCUCCCCCACCUCCUACCCCCUCCCCCACCUCCUACCCCU